AUUAUUUGAACUUCCCACUGCCUCAUAAAAAGGAAACAGAAGAGCAGUUUUGACAUAUGGAUGUGAUUUUUUCUGCUACGAGGCAGAUGCACACGGAAAACAAACAGCACCAGGGGCUGCAGCUCUGAAGGGAGCGAAGUUGCUCUGCUUCACAUGGGCUCCUCGGCUGCGUUUCGGGAGCUGCCCAGAUCUCCAGCCAUGAGAAAAAGAAGCAAAAGACCGGGGUUUCUUGUCAUGUGCCUUUCUGGCUAAAACUGUGGAAACAAACAAACAAUCAAACAACACACAAAUUCUGGAAGGGGGGGCGGGAGGGAAGGAGAAGGAGAAAUCAUCUGCAACGCUGGAAGACCUCUCGUCCUCUUACUUCCCUGAGCAAGCUUGGAUGCUGGAAGCAGCCUCUUGGAUAUGGGAUCAUAUCUGGUUUAUCACAGUCUGGGUUUGAUCCUCUGCUGCUCCGUCUUGAGUUCAGUCUACGCUCUGGUGGAUGCUGAUGAUGUCAUCACCAAAGAGGAGCAGAUCUUCCUACUGCUAAAAGCCAAGGCGAAGUGUGAACGACACCUCAAAGCCAAGGUCCCCAAGGUGCAUGAUGGCUUCUGUCUUCCUGAGUGGGAUGGUAUCGUCUGCUGGCCUGAAGGUGUGCCAGGCAAAGUGGUGGCUAUGCCAUGUCCUGAGUACAUCUAUGACUUCAAUCACAAAGGCCACGCUUAUCGCCGGUGUGACCUGAACGGGAGCUGGGAGCUGGUCCCAGGCAACAACCGCACCUGGGCAAACUACAGUGAAUGUGCCAAGUUCCUCACCAAUGAGACGAGGGAAAGGGAGGUCUUUGAUCGCCUCUAUUUGAUUUAUACUGUUGGAUACUCCAUCUCUCUGGGAUCCCUCACAGUUGCUGUCCUUAUCCUGGGAUACUUCAGACGUUUGCACUGCACUAGAAACUACAUCCACAUGCACCUGUUUGUCUCCUUCAUGCUGAGAGCUGUGAGCAUCUUCGUGAAGGACGCAGUCUUGUACUCUGGGUCAGCUUUGGAGGAGAUGGAAAGGAUCUCAGAGGAAGACUUGAAAUCCAUUACUGAAGCACCUCCAGCAGAUAAAUCGCAGUUUGUAGGAUGUAAAGUAGCGGUUACCUUCUUCCUUUACUUCCUGGCAACCAAUUACUACUGGAUUCUGGUGGAAGGGCUCUAUCUCCACAGCCUCAUCUUCAUGGCAUUUUUCUCAGAGAAGAAGUAUCUUUGGGGAUUCACAUUAUUUGGCUGGGGACUCCCUGCUGUAUUUGUUACAGCAUGGGCCAGCGUGAGAGCCACUCUAGCCGACACAGAGUGUUGGGACCUGAGUGCUGGCAAUUUAAAAUGGAUUAUUCAGGUGCCCAUCCUGGCAGCUAUCGUGGUAAAUUUUAUUCUUUUUAUCAAUAUUAUCAGAGUCCUAGCAACCAAGCUACGAGAGACGAAUGCAGGGAGGUGUGACUCAAGACAACAGUACAGGAAGCUGCUGAAAUCUACCCUCGUCCUUAUGCCUCUGUUUGGCGUUCACUAUAUUGUUUUCAUGGCUAUGCCAUACACAGAUGUGUCAGGGAUUCUUUGGCAAGUUCAAAUGCACUAUGAAAUGCUGUUCAACUCUUUCCAGGGAUUUUUUGUUGCCAUCAUAUACUGUUUUUGCAAUGGAGAGGUCCAAGCAGAAAUAAAGAAGUCAUGGAGCAGGUGGACGUUAGCACUUGACUUUAAAAGAAAAGCACGAAGUGGGAGCACAACCUACAGUUAUGGACCAAUGGUUUCCCACACCAGCAUCACAAAUGUAGCCACAAGAGGAGCACUUGCCCUCCAUCUCAAUACAAGACUUAUACCAGGGACCCUCAAUGGACACCGGAAUUUGCCAGGUUAUGUUAAAAAUGGGUCUAUUUCUGAAAACUCCAUGCCUUCUUCUGGACCAGAGCAGUACAACAAAGAUGAGGAGUACCUGAAUGGCUCUGGGCUUUACGAUGGAGACAGACCUACAGUUCUUGUUGAAGAAGAAAGAGAGACAGUGAUGUAAAGAGAGAAGGAGAAAAAAGAAGCAAAAGGACGGAAAAGGUUCCUGGAGAGCAUUUAGUGGGCAAAAGAGUAUCAGGCCAUGCAUCAGAUGCCAAGGGUUUCCAUACAGUUUCUCUGUUCUGUGGAACGAGAAGUUAAGUUAUAUGGAAAAAAAUAAGUGAGCCACCAAUGUGGCCAGCUGUUGAUCACAUACAUAUUCUCAAGUGAUCUAAGUCUCCCUGGUGUUAACAGAAGCAGGGCUAUCCAGACCCGUGGGCCUUGCUACUGCUGAACAACUGAGAUACUGGGAGUUUGCGAGGGAGGGUUGCAAACCAGCAACAUGGUCUUUGGACCUAUUGGAGAGUGUGUGCAGCCAAGGAGGACAGGAGUCUCACCCAGUAAAGCAAGAGUCUUGCAGGGAGUGUGCAGUGCCAUCUUCUUGCGAGGGUACAGGCCACCCUCAGCAUCAGUGUCUUCAGUUUGGUUUGCUCUUUCCCUAUAAAGUCUGCCUGGUAACACACACACCACUGACCAAGACCCACUGGGGGGUCAUAACUGCCCACUUUUUCAGAUAAGCACUCAAUGCAGACAGCUCAGUACCACUGGCCACAUGUUCUUUCCUUUGGCAAUCUCACUCUUUUGCAAAAUGCUCCUCUGGGGUGAGCAGGGUUAACAGCUCAUGGUUGCUGAAUGCAGGCAGACAACUCUGUUCUCCUUUCCUUGACCUGAGUCCCAGUAGCAAGCCAGAAACCAGUGCAGUUUCAGGAUGGAAAAUGUGCUUAUCAGAAUGUGUGACAUUUCUGUUCUUCCAGAUGCAGCAGAGAGAGGGGCCCUCCAAGUGGGUUGAGGCAGGGCAGGAAUUUGCAGAUCUUGGGUAUGUGUGCCUCAGUGUCUGUGGCUAAGAUCAGUUGAGAGGGUAGCCAACUCAGCCCUCCCUUUUUGUGGGUGCUCAUGGAAACAGGCUUCAGUCAGUUUUUAAACCUCUAAAUUGCUUCUCAUUCCGCCCUCUGAAUUUCCUGUUUCUCACUAGCCAAAACCCUCAUUAGGAGAAAGACUCCAUCAACAGUCUGUCUGUAUCACCCAGCAGCACAAGCUAUGGAUGCAGCAAGACACACCUAAGUUCAUGGGAUCCAAAGGCAAUAUUUGCUGGAGAAAAGUACAGGAAUUGCUCAUGGAUGGUCACCUUUGAACAUCUUCUGAACUUUCCUAUUCUUUGUGUUUUGGUCACACACACAUGUAUGUGCACCAGGUCAGACUCUUAGCUGAUGUUAACAAGUCUAACUUCAACCAGAUGAGAAAAUGCUAUUGCUCAGAUGAAGAAAUGUUAUUGCAGUUACCUCCAAAGGGUAACUGCACAAGGAAAUGCCCCCUUCCUACAGGAGAUAGAGGCCAGGAAGAUUUUGUCACCAUGCAGAUUUUCUCUUGCUGGUGAUUUUUGCAGGGUGUGCCAAAAGAUUGUUCUCUGAUACACAUCAUCUGCAGCAGUGAUGAAGAGGUACAGGCCUUGUUGGCCAACCAUGUAUUGUGUUGGGGCUGUUUCACACCAGCAGAUCAUCUAGCAAAGGGUCUCUGCUGUUUUCCAAGCAUGAUACAAGAUUGCUCAGAAGUGGGAAAUCGGGAACAGCGACUAAACUUCCUAUUGCAGUACAUGCUUCCACAAAGGAAGGACUCUGGCUGAGUCAGCCUGGAUCCUCAAUUCAGCCCCUGUUGUAACACCACCACUCACUUGCUGCAGUCUGAGAGUCAGCUCUUCAUGGCGUUUUUUUUUUUUCUUAUUUCUUUUUUUCCUCUUGGCAUGUUUCUAGUAACUGAAAUAUUUCAACCUCACCUGACUGUUACUCAAAUAGAAUAGGAAAGAGGUAUUGGGCAAGUCUGCAGAAGUCCUUUAGGAUGUAUGUGGGGCCAAUGGGAUAAUCUGCCUUUUAUCCUGAUCCUUUAGAUACAGCUGAUGGGUCACAUCAACCAGAACUUCUGAGAUGCAUCCAGCCAAUGCAACCAGCUAGUGUUCUGAGGGCAAUUUACUAACUUCCCCAAAACUCUGAAGGAGGUCAGGAAGAGAAGUUGGGACCUGGACUCUGUGUCCCACAUCUUUAAACAACCUCUCAGGUUAGGGCCUGAUCCAAAAACGAGUAAAGUUUAGGUUAGAUAUAAGGAAGAAGUUCUUUACUGUGACAGUGGUGAGACACUGGAACAGGUUGUCCAAAGAAGUGGUAAACGCUCCAUCCACGGCAGUGUUCAAGGCCAGGUUGGACAGAGCCUUGGGUGACAUGGUUUAGUGUGUGGUGUCCUUGCUCACAGCAGGGGGGUUGGAACUGGAUGGUCUUAAGGUCCUUUCCAACCCUAACUAUUCUAUGAGUCUAUGAUUCUAAAAAACCUGCUCCCUUUGAUAUCUCUGAGUUUUGGAUUCAGAUGCGGUAGGGUAUGUGGUGGAUGAGAGGCAGUCCUCUGUCAGACACCUCUCCACUAGCUGCAGACAUACAUGAGCAGGUCUUUAAAAGCCAGUAUUUAUCUGUGACAUUCUUUACUUCUUUUGUGUUAUUAAAGUAAGUCAAAUCUCAUCAAAAACAUUUAACACCAAAUGGCAGCUAUUUAAAUGUAAGGUUUUCAAAGAAUAAUCUUUCAUGCUCACUAAUUAUUGUUGUUGUUGUUGUUAUUCCUAUAACAAUACUAGCAAUAGUAUUACAGAGAAGUUAAGUAAUCUUUCAAGAGAAGUCAACUCUAGUGAAAGUUUGGCAUGAAGAGCUAACCAGCUCUGCAGAAAUCUGGGUUGGCCCAGCUACACUCACUCCUCGUCUUUUUCUCGCAGAUGCUGGUAUGGCUUCUGAAGGCAAUCAAAGGGGGCAGAAGUUAUUACCAGUUGGUUGUCAGAGUGUGUACAGCUGCGAUAUUUAGCAUCCCAUGUGGCUGAACCACCAAUGAGAGAGAAGAACACUGAAUAUGCUGGCUCUGGCUUUCCACCUUCCAGAAGUACAUUGUGCUUAAAACCUGCCAAGCAGAUGCAAUGACCCUGCUGACUUUUUCACUUGAAGAGAUUUCUUAGUAUCAUUUCACUGCUGGAACAAAGGAAAGGAAAAAUACCAAAAACCCCACCAGUGACUCACUAUUUGCUUGUAUUUCUUAUUGAGAAUUCAAUAUUAAUAGCAUGUUUAACAAUCACUUAGAAAAGUUCAGUGAAUUAGCAAAAGCCAUAAAAUUAUUUAUUAACAAAUAUGACACCCCUCUUAGAAUGCAGCCCUCAUUGAAAUGCAUUUGUCACUCGAUUAUUUAGAAUAAAUGUCUGAAAAAUGUUAAGUGGAGAUAAAAAUUACAUGCACAAGGGAUGUACAGGGGAAGAAAUAUUCUCUUAAUUCUUUCAGUUACAAAUCAUGCAUACAAGAUUUUCUUUUUUUUUUUCCUAGGUGUUCAUGUGCAUGAACAAUAUGCAUGCAGAAAUUCAGAAAAUGUUGAUAGCAAAACAGAGGAAUAACUGCCAUUAAGGCACAGCAGACUAUAUGUUUGUAAAAGCCUGUUGCUAUCAUUCCUGGGCUGACAACAAACUGUUGAUCAAGUGUAUAGUCACAAUCUAUUAGCUAGAUAUCCAAGAACAUCCUUCACUGGUUUUAGUGAGGAAGGGGUUAGACCUGUGAUGUCUAAAAACAGAGAAGAAACCACAGUUUGCCCUCGAAAGGCAAGCAGAGUGGUCCUGCUGGCAUUUAUCCAAAGCCUCUAAAUUCAGAGUGGGCUCCCCUGUUCUUCUUCCAUCAUCAGGAAAUGUGGGCAUUUCUCAAGGACAGUUUAGCCCCAUCCAAAGGUCUGAGUCCACCCGGGGUGACAAUUCCUUUCCUGUCUGAUUUACUAAUGCAAACAUACCCUGAAGGCCACAGAAAACGAAAAUGUGGUGAGGCGAGAAUACAUGUUUCUGUGGUUCAUCUAGAGACCACUGCAAACAUGCAGGCAGGACAGUGUUUGUGAACUGCAUCCUGGUUGAGAUUCAACAUGGGAUUGUGGAGCAGAGAGAGCAUAUUGCUUUGGAGUUGGUGUGCAGGAAACACACAGACAUUCUCAAGUUCACUUCAAGGAGGUCCAAAGGAGCUGGUUGCCUGUAUUUUUCUAGUUUUCCCUCCUCCAUGGUGUCAGAUUUGUGGCUUUUUUCUUCAUAUCCUGUAAAGCAGCUGGCAACGCUCAGGGGUCUUUAGACCCUCUCACUUCUCUAAGCCUGCUGGGCUGGCACAGGCCGAGCUGUGCACUGCAGUAUCUCAGCUAACUGGCUCACACAAGUAGGAAUCUCCUUGCCCAAUAACUUGCCCAAUAACUCCAGUGCCACAGAGUUGUUGGGCUUGGGCAGGGAAUCUCCAUCCCUGGCAGGUUCAUCUCAUCCUACCAGCCCAGUGCCUCUUCUAUUGCCACCCACAACAGCACAGUCUAUUUUUCUUUAUGAGUCCUUAUUUGAUCUACCUCUUUUCUGGAUGGACACAGAGCCGUUAAAUGUUCCUCAGCAUUGUGUUUCAUAAGGAUUACUUUUGCCAGCAGCCUUGUCGGUUCUGCUUUGCCUGGAUAUGUGCAGACAAAUGUUUUUACACCUUUAAUAUACUGCUUGGUCUAGGUUCAGAUGAGAUCAUGUCUUGUCCUUUUUCUCGCUAUUCCUCAACUCUUCUUCUUGUCUGAUACAUAUCAAAGCCAAAUCAGUUCACAAAGAUCUCCUGAAAUUGAACUCUCCAGCUAGGGAUUGGCUUUAUUUGUCUGUUUAUGGGCAACUGGCUGAAGGUUGUAGAACAUCCACAGUGCUGGUAAGAAUUUUCCAUUUUUUAAACUAUAAAAAUAUAUUAAAAGGAAAGUUUUGGAUUUGGGUUUGGGCUUUUUUUUCUGUUUAUUGCUUUGACAAACUCAAUGGCUGGCUUAAAAGUUUUUAAAUUUCAGGUUCUGAUGUUUCAGAAAGUUAAGAAACCUCAUUUAUAGGUUGGGUUCUCUUGCUUUUUCGCUGGCUGAUUUUUCUACACACCUUCCACCUAGAAAGCUUCAAGCAGGAUUACUGAUGAUGAGGAGAGUGAUCAGUACAUCCGUUAACUCAUUUGAAUCCCUCACUAUGGUCAAUGACUCUUUCACCUGAAAUAGGACUGCAUGAAAUAAGAGAAAGCACUUUAAGAGUUGACCUUUAAGGGACAGUUUGUAUGAACCUGUGAAGUCUUUCAAUGUGCAACAUUGCUUCUUAUUUGGGGUAUGUGCUUUUUUACAGUUGUUGGUGCCCACGAGUUUGCUAAAAUCCAAUCUGUGCCUUGUUAUGGAAAGUUAUGCAGCAGUAAUAUGGUUCACAUCCUCUCUUUCUGGCGUUAUCUGAAUUUUAUAACAUUUUAGCUGUAAGAGGAAGCAAAAGGAUAAAAAAAUCUGCGGCAGUAUUUUCCAAACUUGGGGUGUAAUGCUCCUCAACUGUUUAUCCUAUACCACAAAUAGACAUUGCACUGAUGGUUGCAAGAUGCUCAGCAGGUGAGGAAGAUUUGUUUUAAGACCAUGGGCAGGUUAAUGUAGAUCUUCACCAUGCCACUGCCCUGCUGACAGUACCUGCUAUAGAGGAGACAAUGUUGCAACCUCAGGCAGGUCUCAGAAAAUUGGCAUUUUUCAACAAGCUUCAUGCUGGAACAGGUUUGCUGUUUGAUUUUUGGUUAUUAUUAUUUUUACUGCUGUUGUUGAUGGGCUGCCACAUUCUGCAGAGUAAACAGAGGAUAUAUAUGAUAUCCCUGGCCAGCUACAGAGCUUUUCAAGCAUCCAGUGUGAUUCUCCAGACAGAGUAGAUUUUAUACCCCAUUCCUCUAUUCCCGCACCCUAGAAAUUAUUUUUAAAAUAUUAAAUUGUAAGGAAAAUGAGUUUGUGAAUGACCCUAUAAAUAAAUUUCCACCAUGUUUGGCCAUGGCUGUCUGGGUUUACCUGGAAAACAUGAUAGUUCACAAAAUGUAUGAGUAAAAUAAAGAGCACGUCCCUCCCUGCAGACAGUCAUUGGGAGGUGAUUCUCCUUGUUUUGCCUAUGGAAGUGAAAGGUUGAACCUGCAGACAGCAAAUAAUGUUGGCUCAAAGGAAUUUUUUGUCUUGAGGCAGCAAGUCCUGCCAUCUCUAUAAAAAUUAUUGGGCUUAUCCUGUUCCACCCAAGCUAUUUUUGUGGCCUCUCAUAAAAUCAAAACUGAAGCUUAGUUCUUAGCUAAUGGUGGGAGAGCAAAACAAUGCAGAGAUGAGCUGUUGUAAAGAUGCGUAAAUAACUGAAAAAUAUGAAAACAUAAUUCCACUACUUUGAUUAAAAAAAAAAAAAAAAAAAGCCUGGGGAAUCCAGAUUGAUUUUGCUUUCAUUCAGGAAGAGCAAAAAAAUGUGAGUUGCUUUGGUUUUUUUUUUUUUUUACCCAGUAGUGCUCUGCUGGCCAGAAAGUUUGAGCCAGAAAUCUGUUCUUAGUGUUUACAUGUCCUUCUUGACCUCUCUAUAGGAAAUCUUCACAGGCCAUUGUGAAUGAGGUGGGAUGGAGAGAUGUGCACGGACAUGCAACUCAGAACCCACCUUUGCCUAUGACCACCUACUGGUCAUUUAAAGCUCAGAGACAUCAAGCAAUCUUGUGCUGAGAUAGAUAGAAAUAUUGCUCAUACGCUGAAUUUAGUGGUUAAAUUAAUUUACUGGUUAAAUUUGCUCUCUAUACAUAAGCCUUGUAAUAGGCAAAGGGUGCUUCUUUACUCAGCAUUAGAAGACAUCUUCACUGGCUGCUCUUUGGUCCAUAGAAGGUUUUGAAUAUAUAAGAGCAGGUAUAUUCUACUGAGAAUCAGCAGUUGAAGCUAGGACUGAGACAUCACCUUUUGGCAAUGUUAGCAGACUCCCAUGUAGCUACUUCAACUGUAGCAUGAGGCUUAUGGUGGACCAUCAACCAUCUUAGAUCUUUGAGGCUGCUUUUCCCCACAGAAAGAGCACAAAAAGAACACCAGCAGGGUGGACACCCCUACCCUCUAUAUAGAUCCCAAAUUCAGACUGGUUGGAAUUUUUCUCCAUAUUUAACUUCUUUUUUCCAAACUGGCUCUACAAAACAACCCCAAAAAACUUAUUUAAAGAAUUUGGUUAAGCAUUCCAUUUUCAAUUUUAGAUGGAUGCAAAUUCAGAGGUUUUUAAUACCUAGAAGCCAAUCUUAGUUCUCAGUUUCGAAACUAAUCCAGAACAUCAGGAUGGAAACAUGAUUUGCUGAGAUCAGCUGCACAGUGCUCAGGUCUCAUCAUACCCAUUACACCAGGUUCAGAGCACAGGUACUCGGUGCUCUGAACACUGAGCUCAGAAAAAAACAGUCUUUUUUUUUUUUUUUUUUGUGAAUUUAUACGAAAAGAGCACAGAGAGCAAGAAAAAGACUUGCUGUCUUUAAGCCACACUUAAGAAGGAUUAUCAACAAUAAAAUACUAAUUCUGAGUUAUCAUUUGUUUAUUUCAUCAGGUUCUGUUGAGUGCUCUGAUGGAGUCUGUUCAGUGUCUGGCUUUCUGGCUUCUCCCAAGUGGACAGAGUUCUCUGUGGUGGACAGAAUAGCUAUAAUAAGCGGACGGAGUCAUUCAAAGCUGGUCUCUAGGGCAGGAUAGUUAGAAACAGACCUGAUGUUGAUUUUAUAUUCAUUGGCAGAAGGCAGAAGAUACUCCACUGAAGUUAAUCGAGUUAACUCAGUCCAAUGCCAAGGCAAAACAGAUCUGAAUCUAGACCACAGUUCAAGACUCAUGUACAAUUUGCAUAAUGGAAUUAAAAUAAAGCUUCCAGCUCUAGCUACAGAAAUACUCUGCUGAGAAUUAAGAGACCAGGCUCGCUGUUUGGGAUUAAAUAAAAGGACACCCAAGGCAUCAGCUGUCACAUAGAACAAUCCUGGUUUAUCUGUUCCUGUCCAGAACAGUCUGUUCACCUCUCCGCCAUACACUGUGGUUAUUUAGCCACACUCAGCUGUUUUAAUUGUUAGGGAAUGUUCUUAGCCCCUUCUUUCUUUUGUUUUCUAUCCUACUUGCAUGUGAACUCAGAUUCUCCAAGUUUCAUGCUGUAUUCCAGGUUUAAACUAGCUCAGUAGUAUAAAAAGUUCAAGAUAAUAUCAUUUUGCCAGAACUUGGGAGGCAAGUGGGAAAAAGAAUGUCACAGGGGAGCAUUAAGAGAAAGAUUAAAGAAGAUCCUCUGAAACCUUUCCCACAGACCAGGGAAAGGUUUGCUAACCUUCAACUGAACUUGCUCAUGUUUUGCUCAUAGAAGAUCUCAAGCCAUUCAGUAUGACCUGCAAAGCUCACACCAUGCUUUUCCACUGUCUUCAGAGGGCUCGUGGUUAGAGCUGGUACACUGCUGUUACAUAUUGCUGUUUAAUUUAAGUUAAAUAUUCUGAUCUCCUCAUGUGGUUUCUGCAUCCUUCUCUAGGUUGGUCCAUUAGUGCUGCUACUUCAGGGUACACUUGCAGAAUUGUCCCUUGAACUCUCUUUGCAUAUGUGGCAUGUGUUUAUGCAGUCAUUACUGCACCCACCUGUGGCCAUCUCUCUGAUGGUAUCUCUUGAUGGCAUUCAGCACUGAUUGGCAGUGAUGCUGCUUUGUAAGGGUGCCAAAGGCAACAUUUGCAGGAACAGAGUGAAACAAGCUUUGUCCUAAUUUGUAAUGGAUUUGCAAGACUCCAGGAAGGGAGGGCAGGUCUGGAAAUCAGCUCAGAGUCUGGCAGGGCCAGGAACAAAAGAAAAAGUUAUGGAAGAGCUGACCCAGAUGAUCAGAAGUAAUUAGGAAGUCUUAUAAAUCUGUCUUCUUUUCAGGCAGAACUCCCUAUCCAGUACGGUUCUGACAGAGGUAGACUCCACUGCACAGUUAUGCUUUCUCCUAAACAGGGAUGUCUUGAGAGAGCAAAUGAGGGGCAUGUAACAAAGUCAGUACAACUUUCUCUUCUUUUUCUUCCUCACUGGCAUUUCUUCCAUCUUUUUCACCUGAAAAAGUGGAGUACAUUAGAACAACUUCCACGUGAGAACCUGGAACUCAGAAUCAUUUCACCUGUGUCCCACAGAAUAACUUCUCUCUAUAACCAUAGCAAUUGUUUUCCUGGCACAUUAACUAAGGAAUUUGAUUGUAUUUUAUUAUCUUCCUCAGACUGAAGGUUAAUGAUUCUGGGCUAGCGAUGUGGUGUGCAACAACACAGAUGUGCUGGCAUCAAUUUGGGAUUAAACCCUGACCCCAUGAAAAUCAACACCAAAAUGUCUGUUGAUUUCCAUGGAGUGGGUUUCACCCAUAAAUUCUGAAGAGGAAAAGGAUAAUUAUUCAAAUAAAUUACCUCUCCUGUUCUCAAAACCUUACUUGCCACCCCUAUUUCAGGGUAUCUUUUUGCUUUAGAUCAAUAGAUAAGAAAAGUAAGGCCAGAAAGCAGACAUCAAGAGGUAGAAGAUGGUCUGAGUGGCAGUCUUCUUUCUUGAAAUGCUUCACAAGUGACAUUAGGCUUUUGUAUUAGUAUCAGCUUCUACACAUGGGUAUUUAGGAUGUGGUAGAUAUUUGGCUAGAAAAAGGCAUGGGAUUAAAAUGUUUGAGAUGGAUGGGAUUGGUGUGCACUGGGUUUCCAAAAUGCCUGGGCCUGCAUCCUCUGAAAUAGAGAUCAAGUAUCCCCUCAGAAGACUGUUUAAAACAAGCUUAAAUGAAGGGUGUUCUCCAAACAGGCAGACCUUGGGUACCUAGAACAGAAGACAAAGCAAUGACUUCACCAGAGAAGCAGUAUCUAUUUAAACCAGAGCAUUAUGAGAGGCAUGAGCCCUUCUAAAUAUAGAGCUGGGUGCUUCUCAUGAGGCCAAGCUUUUACCUUUUUAUUUUUGUAUGUCUACAUGCUUCCCUGAGAGCUAAUGGAAAGAGUGGACAAGAAGCCAUUUGUUGCUAGAGGUAAAAUAUUGUAAAGGACAGGUUGUAUGAGGUUGAGCUGGUGGGAGAGGAAAGUCAGUCGGUUGCAGAAGAGGAAGGACAGGCAUAGCCAAGCACUGUCACCCAAACCCAUCCUCUUGGCCCAUCCCCGUGUUCAGAAACACUAUGUCAAUCUCUUGACAUCUGCAUGAGCUGAGGUAUGCAUGAAAAGACAGACCUGCUGCUAAAAUUCAUUGCUUUGUCUCAACAGCUUAGGGUGACCCACCCAGUCAUGGUGGUUACCAGAGGUGAUGGGGUCUGGGCAUUAGAAAAGGCCUUGGCCAUUCCCAGCGGUCUUCCAGGUUCUGCCCAGAGAGUCUGUUUUCAAUAUGUUGGCUCUUUUUUUUCUAGUCUGAGCAGGAUGGAAAGGAGCUGGGGUGUGUUCUUCCCCCUCCAACAUGAGUGCUUUCACUGAAGUGGUUUUUAAUACCUUGCUUCACUUCAGAAGAGGGAGAAAACUGAAAAACUAAAGGACAAAACUGUGAUUUCUUUCCAUGUGUUACGGGGACAUUACCUUGUGUGUGUCGUCAGGCAGGCAUUUGGUUUACAUUCCUCCACUUCUGCUUUCUGUAUGGACCAAAGUAACAAGCAGAAAAUGACAAACCACAGGUGUAUGUAAAAGGGAAUUAAAAUAAAAAGAAACCUUUACUGAUUCUCAUGA